AGUGCAAGCUUUUUGGCCACCCGCAUUCCGUGACAGUUCUUCGUCCUCUUCCUCCUUGAUUGCCCUGCUCCGCAACCCACUCACGUUUCUGCUCUUCAUUCGUGCGUCCGCCACGCCGGAUCGCACCCGCCCUCUCCGCUCCUCUUCUUGUUGCCUUCUCGUCGGACGGCGAUGCAGGUCGGGGGUGGUGGCGGCGGAGGAGGAGGAGGAGGGGACGCGGCGGACAUGCGGGGCCGCCACCGGAUCCAGGCCGAGCUCAAGAAGCUCGAGCAGGAAGCGCGCUUCCUCGAGGAGGAAAUUGAAGAGCUUGAGAAAACAGAUAAGGUAUCAUCAGCAUUGCAAGAGUUUCUAGCAACCAUUGAAAGGAAAGCCGACCCACUACUUCCAGUAACUACUGGGCCGGCAGAUCAGUCCUGGGACAGGUGGUUUGAAGGUCCACAAGAUCUGCGCAGAUGCAAAUGCUGGUUUUUGUAAUCGUUCGCAAUAAUCUUAGGAGAAGCACCAAGAGGCAAUUGUCGCUGCGAUUGAAGUGUAUAUCAUUCUUUGUCACCCCAGCAUAAAGAGUGUCAAUUUACGGCAAGGAGGUAAUUCUUUACCUUAGUUGACGAUUUCAAAUGACAUCACAAGCUCUGUGGAAGGAAUGUCAUGCGAAGAAAAUUCUGGAAUACAGAAGCAAUAUUUAGAAGCGGGUCGUGUUCGAGAAAAAAACAUUUAAAGGGGUGUAAAACUUCGUUCUACAACAUGUUCUCUGUACCGAAUUCUGUUAAAUUGGUGAUUUGUUCGGUCUUUAACCCGAAUUCCUGGUUCGGAGAUUAAUAUUAUUCUUUUUCAUUUUGUUAACA